ACUGAGCGGACGCGCGCGUAGUGACAGUGAAAUGAACGAGUGCUCCAAACUUGUGAUUAAAUUUCUCUGGACAUGUUAUGAGUGAUUUCGUCACUUCUGAGUUUGUUUAGAUUUCCCUGGAAAAUGACCUAAGUCAGCCACCACGAUGAAGACAGUCAACUUGAUAUUGACACUGAUAAGUGUCUUCUCCUUUACCUGCACCCACGCCAAAAUAGGAUACUUUUGGCACAUAACAGACUUCCACUACGACCCGCUCUACACAUCACAAGGAGACACUAGAAGACAUUGUCGCAAAGCCGACGAGCGCGGCAGCUCCGGCCACCAUCGAGCGCUGGGCCGCUUUGGGGACUACUCCUGUGACAGCUCGCUGGAGCUGAUUGAGUCCGCGCUGCGAUACAUGCGCACGCGCCACUCAGAAAACGUAGAGUUCGUGCUAUGGACAGGUGACAUAAUAGCCGCACGAUACAACGUCAACGAGGACGAGAGGUACCAGGCUAUCAGGAACAUGACGGAGCUGCUGCGUAUGACGUUCAGCUCGCACUUCGUGUUCCCAGUGCUGGGACACACGGACCCGGCGCCGUCCGAGAGACUGACCAACCUUUGGAGUCAUUGGCUACCGAUGGAGGCUCUGCAGACUUUGAAAAACGGUGGCUACUACACGAUAGAGCAAUCGCAUAGCAAGCUGCGUAUCGUCGCACUCAACACCAACCUGUUCAGCGUGAGGGAAGCCAGCAGCGCCCACGCGCGACGACAAUGGGAAUGGCUGGAUGCCGUGCUGGAGAAGGCCACGGCCAACAGUGAGAUGGUGUACAUAGUGGGUCACGCGGCGCCUGGCUCGGACUCGCGGUACAACGUGCACUCAGUUGAAGCCAACGUGAAAUACCUGCGGACGGUGCGCCGGUACGCCCGGAUUAUCGCCGGACAGUUCUUCGGACACCUCCACGUCGACACCUUCAGGGUUAUAUAUGAUAAAGAACAACCGGUAUCGUGGGCACUGCUGGCGCCGUCCGUGAGUCCGCACCGCGACCCCGCCGGCUCCUCCAACCCCGGCCUCAGGCUCUACAAGUUCGACACUGACACUGGAAAGGUAUUGGAUUACACACAAUUCUAUUUGGACUUGGCUGCGGCGAACCGCGCGGGUGCUACCACGGCCACGGGCGGAGCGGAGUGGGUAGCGGAAUACAACCUCACGCAGUACUACGGCCUUCGAGAUGUAUCAGCGGAAUCGCUACAUAACCUCGCUGAUAAACUUCGAAUAGGCAUGCCUCAUGAAAUGACUAGCUUUUACAAGUAUCUUCGAGCGUAUAGUGUGAAGCAUGAUAAUACUGACAGCUGUGAUGGAGCUUGCGCGCACCAGCAUUUCUGCGCAAUCACCUGCUUAGAGCACAUUGCGUACCGGCAAUGUGUAGAGGCCGCGGCUAGCGCCCUCGCCGCAUCGGGACGCUCCGCCCCGCUGAUCGCUCCGCUUAUCAAUAUGAUUCUCAUCCUUAUUACCUUUAUUAUGGUUAGUUACGUGGAUUAUAAUUAAAUGGCGAAUUAGGGUAAGUGUGCUUAAAAUAUAAUCAUAAAUGUUGUAACUUUUUUUACCUACGUAAAAGCUGGUGUGAUACUACACGAAAUAUUUGAAUUUUAAACAUAAGUAACCUUGCUCGGUAAGACUUCAUAUUACAUGUGUAAAUUGCUCAGUUGGCGGAAUGUGAUACAUUCAUUGUAAGAUGUACGUAAUAUUGUAUCUUGUGUUGGUCCUCUCCUGUAUUAAAUAAUAUUGCUUAAGU